CUUCGCAUGAUGUAGACAUGCUGUCAAUUUGAGGUGUGCUUCUGUCACUGGAUGUAAAUAAACAACACGCCGCCCGAAGAGUGUCCAAAACGGUGAACAUGACGACGGAAAAUAACAGCGUAGCCGUAAUGGCAGGAGAUAUUAUAAGCGAGCCGAUGGAAAUGAUGAAAGCGAACAAGAAAGUAAUCUUAGGCCCGGGCAUACGAGUAGAGAAGGAGACGGUGCGCGCUAGCAAGUGCGGGAUGCUAAAGAUGAAACCUCCCAACACCUUCUGGGUAGACGCCUACCAAAGACGCUACGUGCCAAAUCGUGGAGAGCUGGUGAUUGGUGUUGUGAUGGCAAAGACAGGCGACACAUUCCGCUUAGAUAUUGGAGGUAGUGAGACUGCUUCAUUGUCAUACAUGGCUUUUGAAGGAGCUACGAAGAAGAAUCGGCCGGACGUAAAUGUUGGCGAUAUUGUAUACGCUCGGUUGCUAAUUGCUCACCCGGAUGUCGAACCGGAGCUAGUGUGCGUCGACUCGCAUGGCAAGAAAGGCAAACUGGGCGUUCUACACGACGGAUUUAUGAUCAGCUGCAGCUUGAACUUGGUUCGAAAAAUAUUGAAUCCAACGAUCAAUUUUCUUAGCCAACUAGCGAAGGAACUUCCUUUUGAAAUAGCAGCCGGAAUGAAUGGACGCAUAUGGAUCCGGGGGAGAACGAUCAAAGAGACAAUUGCGGUAGGAAAUGCUAUUUUGGCUUUGGAAUACCUACCGAACGAUCGCAUUCGAGAGUUGUGUGAUGAUAUAGGAGCCUAUGCGUCUGGUUUCAUUAAAUAA